UGAGGUCUGAGGGUCUGAGGGUCUGAGGUCUGAAGAUCUGAGGGUCUGAGGGUCUGAGGUCUGAGGGUCCGAGGGUCUGAGGGUCUGAAGGUCUGAGGGUCUAAGGUCCGAGGGUCUGAGGGUCUGAGGGUCUGAGGGUCUGAGGGUCUGAGGUCUGAGGGUCUAAGGUCCGAGGGUCUGAGGGUCUGAGGGUCUGAGGGUCUGAGGUCUGAGGGUCUGAGGGUCUGAGGUCUGAGGUCUGAUCCGGACCCCUGUUCCUCCCCCUAACCCAGACCUUUUUAAAAACCGUUCAGGGAGACCUGGUCUUCCUCCACCUUCUCUGUGUCUGCGGUUGUAACUGAACUUUGAGAUCUUCCUUCUGUAGCCCGAUGGAGACAAGCCGAUCCGAAACUUCCUGGACGACCCGAGACGUUCUGGUCCAGUCCCGGACAUGGACCGCAAAGAGGGCAGCAGGAGACACGUGCGAAACUGGGGUGGACUGGACUUUGACAACGUGAAGACGGGAGCAGAACUGGAGAAGGAGUGGACUGUGAGUAACGGGGUCUUUAAAAACCAGAUCCAGAGUUUGGGGACAGGUCUGACUUUGUGACCCCCUCCCGUCUCUGCAGAGUCGAAGACCCGGUCCCAAAGGUUCUGUGGACAUGACCAUGUCCAUGACGGGCCGAGAGCGAGCCGAGUAUCUACGCUGGAAGAAGGAGAGGGAGCAGAUCGAUGAGGAGAGACUCGCUCGCCAUCGCAACGCCACCGGCCAGUGGAGACGAGAGUGGGACGCCCAGAAGACGGACAACAUGUGAGACGGGGCGGGGGGUGAUCUCAGGGUCUCGGUGUAAACACAGAUCAGCUGUUUCUGAAGCUCCUGACGGUUUUUAGAGGGAUCUGAGGUUAGUCCAUGAGACUCCAGAGAACAGAGACAGGAGCAGACGAACCGUCACCGAAGACCAGGGGGGCGUGGUUUAAAUAAACGACCAGAUAUCAGCGAAGUUCAGGAAAUACACGGGUACAACCGUGGCUCCGCCCCCAACCGAGCGUUAGGGCCACAUGAAGAAAAACAGAUGAGGCUUCGUCGUUACUGACAGGAUAAAGUGGUAGAUCAUAUUCUGACCUUCAUGGUUCUUUAGAUCAGAUCUUCUGUGGAGCUUCUCCAUGAGCUGAACUUCAGUAACUCAGUUUCACAAACAUGGAGAUCCUAAAUCCUUCAGCGUUUCAUCAUCACAUCAUCGUCAGAAUCAGGAGUUUCCUCAGAAAGAACCAGGAGGACCUGUAGGGAGUCUCUGUUUCUGAGGAGGAGGAAACGUCUGUGAACGUCUGUAAACGUCUGUGAACGUCUGUGAACAUCUGUGAACGUCUGUGCAGAGCUUCAGUCCCUCAGUGCUGACGUUUAUAACGUUAGUUUAUAACUUUAGUUUAUAACUUUAGUUUAUAACUUUAGUUUAUAACUUUAGUUUAUAACGUUAGUUUAUAACUUUAGUUUAUAACUUUAGUUUAUAACUUUAGUUUAUAACUUUAGUUUAUAUGUCUUUAGUUUAUAACUUUAGUUUAUAACUUUAGUUUAUAACUUUAGUUUAUAACUUUAGUUUAUAACUUUAGUUUAUAACUUUAGUUUAUAACUUUAGUUUAUAUGUCUUUAGUUUAUAACUUUAGUUUAUAUGUCUUUAGUUUAUAACUUUAGUUUAUAUGUCUUUAGUUUAUAACUUUAGUUUAUAUGUCUUUAGUUUAUAUGUCUUUAGUUUAUAACUUUAGUUUAUAUGUCUUUAGUUUAUAACUUUAGUUUAUAACUUUAGUUUAUAACUUUAGUUUAUAUGUCUUUAGUUUAUAACUUUAGUUUAUAACUUUAGUUUAUAACUUUAGUUUAUAACUUUAGUUUAUAUGUCUUUAGUUUAUAACUUUAGUUUAUAACUUUAGUUUAUAUGUCUUUAGUUUAUAACUUUAGUUUAUAUGUCUUUAGUUUAUAACUUUAGUUUAUAUGUCUUUAGUUUAUAACUUUAGUUUAUAUGUCUUUAGUUUAUAUGUCUUUAGUUUAUAACUUUAGUUUAUAUGUCUUUAGUUUAUAACUUUAGUUUAUAACUUUAGUUUAUAACUUUAGUUUAUAUGUCUUUAGUUUAUAACUUUUGUUUAUAACUUUAGUUUAUAACUUUAGUUUAUAUGUCUUUAGUUUGUCGUAUGAAUCUGUUCUCCAUGAUAAGGUGUUGGUGCCUCUGCAGGUGGAGGUUCCUGUCGGUGUCGUCAUCAGAGCUCGACUCUCUGAAUCGUAAAUAUUGAUCAUCAGUUAGAAAAAGUCUCUGAAUGACCUGCUGAUGAACCCACAGAGAACUCUGCAGGUGACCGGCUCAGACAUCUCCUCCUGCACUAAAGAAGCUUCAAGAACAAAUUUACUUUAGAACUUUAUUCUCUUAAAUAAUGAUUUUAUUACCACUUUAUUCUCAAACUCUUCCUUUUUUGUUCCUUAUUGCGGCCCGAACACUAAAACACUAAAACGCUGGUUUUUACUGACCUCCUCCAG